CCCCACUAGUCGGGUGAUGCCAAAGAGGUCGUGUACAAAGUUCAAGGAUGGCCAACUAAUAUGGUGGUAGAUUUGGGUAACUAUACUUGCUCCUGCAGGUUUUGGCAGUUGACAGGAAUGCCUACAAGGCACGCAAUAUCCGCCAUUCAAGAAAAAAUGAUAAGAGGCCUGAGGAGUAUUGCCACGAAUGGUUGACUAUGGAGGCGUACAGAAGAACGUACUAAUUCAAUGUGAAUCCUGUCAAGGGACAAGAGCUAUGGGAGAAAACUGGUUCUCCUGCACCUGUUCCACCUUUAAUAAAACCUAAACCUGGAAGACCAACAACAAAGAGAAAGAAGGACAAGGCUGAAGGACCCACUGGCACGAAGACAAAGAUGAAAAGAAAGUAUAAUCCAAUUCGGUGCAUGUACUGUGGAGAGGUAGGCCACAACAAGAGAACUUGCAGCAAGAAAAAGCAAGACGAUGCUCGAGAGAAGGCAAGGCUAAUGCAAUUGCGGCUUGCAGUUGUGCCAUCACCACAAGCUACACCUGUUCCGGAAGCAGAAAACGUAGAUGACACUCAGUCUAUUCAGACACUCCCUGCAGUAGUACCAGCUGCUCCAGAUGAACAGACUGAAAUUCAUGUUAGUCAGGAUGCUCAGCUUCCACAGACACAACAAUCACAGACCUCAACCAAUGUUACUCAGACUAUAGGUAGAGGAAGACCUCCAAAAUUCCAUGUCACCAGGGCUAGGGCAAAGAGAAAUGCCUCUCCAAAGCCUGUUGCUCCAGGAUCAGUUGCAGUAUCUGCUGAAACGAUCAAGGGUAGCAGUUCCGCAAUAGCCAAGAAGCUUGCUAGCUUCAUGACAUUUGUUCCAACUCCGGGUUUCAAACCUCCCAGAAAAAAAAAAAGACAUGGAAUAACUUGAAGAUUUAAAGACAUGAAAUAUAGGACAAUUAGUAUCUGUUAUUUUGU